CGGGCCGGGCGGCUCCCCUCCGGGGCCCGGCGCGCAGGCUCUGCAGCCGACGAAUGUAACCCUGGCGCAGCCGGCCGCGCCCCUACCUCCGCAGCUCCGCGCGCCUGCGACGCAGCAUGCCCAGCACUUCGCCUACCCCCAGCCCCAGAUGCAGCCCGCGCACUUGCUGCCGGGCCCGCCCUCGGGCCAGAGUGAGUACUUGCAGCCGCUCGCGGCCGCCUUCCAGCCGCCCAGCCCCGCGCAGCCCUCCUCCGCCGGCGCCGGGGCCGCCGCCCCUCCUGCGGCCAGCUUUCCGGUGGGCUCCGGCCAGAAUGCCUCUUCGCUGGGUGUGCAGAUGAGGGCCACGUCUUCCCAGCCCAGUGACGCGGUGGCCCCGGGACCGGGACUAGUACCAGGCGGGCAGGCCGCGCCUUGUCAGCCGGCUGGGGUGACCCCGGCUGCUGUUGGAGGCGUGGCGCAGCCGGGCAUGGCUUCUACCGGGGCCGGGCCGCCUCAGUCCGUGCCUCCGCCGCAGAUCGGUGGCAGUGCUCAGCUGUCAGCUGUGCCUGGUGGCCCUCACACCGUGGUGCCCGGAGUUCCAAACGUGCCUGCAGCCGUGCCCGCUCCCAGCGUGCCUAGUGUGUCUAGCACUUCUGUUACUAUGCCAAAUGUACCUGCGCCUCUGGCCCAGUCGCAGCCGCUAAGCAGCCAUACACCAGUCAGCAGGAGCAGCAGUGUAAUCCAGCACGUUGGGCUGCCCUUAGCUCAAGGCACACACAGUGCACCAACAAGUCUACCACAGUCUGACCUAAGUCAAUUUCAGACUCAGACCCAGCCUUUAAUCGGGCAAGUUGACGAUACUAGAAGAAAAUCAGAACCCCUACCUCAACCACCACUUUCUCUCAUUGCUGAAAAUAAGCCUGUUGUGAAGCCACCUGUUACAGAUUCCCUGGCAAACCCUCUUCAGUUAACACCUAUGAACAGUCUUGCCACCUCUGUGUUCAGCAUAGCUAUUCCUGUUGAUGGUGAUGAAGACAGGAAUCCUUCAACUGCUUUCUACCAAGCGUUCCAUUUGAACACGUUUCAGGAAUCAAAGAGCCUCUGGGAUAGUGCAUCUGGGGGAGGUGGUGUAGCCAUUGACAACAAAAUUGAACAAGCAAUGGAUCUGGUGAAAAGCCAUUUGAUGUAUGCAGUAAGAGAAGAAGUGGAAGUUCUAAAGGAACAGAUAAAAGAAUUAGUUGAAAGAAACUCUUUACUUGAACGUGAAAAUGCACUGUUAAAAUCUCUUUCAAACAAUGAUCAAUUAUCCCAACUCCCAGCCCAACAGGCCAAUCCUGGUAGCACUUCUCAACAGCAAGCAGUGAUAGCACAGCCUCCGCAGCCAACGCAACCUCCACAGCAGCCGAAUGUCUCCUCUGCAUAAAGCUUUCUUAAGCCUCAUUAAGGAAAAACACCGAAAGCAAUCUAUCCUUGUGUGCCACUGGUAUUCUUUUCCUCCACUUUAUACAAAAGCAAGUAGCCAUGCUUCGGUUGUGUGUUUGGCCUUUUCAGUAUUAGACAAUCAUUCUACAAGAGCUUUUCCUCUAAAAUGUCAUGCAGCACUGUUGAUGUCCAGUUCUCUGUCAUCAGUACACAAGGAGAAUAAUAGAUGGGGUUUACUAAAGCAAGCGAAGUCUGCAUUUUUCCUGGUGCACAUGAGUGGGGUCUGUAAGCAUUUGGGUGGCUCUCCCAUGUUUCCUAUUACCCGUGGAUUUACCUUGAGCCUUCUUCAUCAUAUAAAUAACAGUUCAUCUAAAGAGCCACUUUUCUUUCAGUAUCAGUAACAUUUGCCUACAUAAGUUUUCAUUUAUUUGUGUUUUAUUUAUUACAGGGCUGCUAUUUUCAUAAUGUACAUGAACAAUGUCACAGAACUUUUUUUAAUUUUUUUGGAUAAUUAUAAGUAUCAGUAAAGGAAUUAAAAGACAGGAUUGCGUUUAAUAGAUAAAACGUUUAGGCAAUAAUUGAACAAAAGAAUCCUGGCAUAUUUCUAACACUAAUGGCAAUUUACCUUUGGUAUUUAUUUUCAGUAGUAAAGACCCAGCUUGAAUGUAAAUUUUGUAUAGUGUAAGUAUGAAGAACAUAGUGCAACUGUACAGGUAGUCACCAGUUAUUGUGAUAUAAUAAAUAAUCGGGCUAUUUUGAUGAAGAAAACUUUGUUCAUUUGUUUCUACUUUCUAAUAGAGAAAUUGCCACGAUUCCUCUGCUUUUCAACAUUUCGUAUGAGUUUUUUUUUCCAGGUGGGAAUAAAAAGCUGUGAAAUUGUUCAACCUACUUUGUAACCAAAGAAGCAAAGCUGUGUAAUGGAGUUUUGGGUUUUGUUUUUUUUUUUUAUAUAUAUAAUGCACAUUCUUUAUGUAUUUUUAUUUAGUGUUUUUCUUGGUCACAAUUUUCUUUGCGUCUAGCAUGAUCUGCAUGACCUAUAAUCUUUGAACCACUUUCGUACCUCAUGUUUUUAUCCAGCACUCUUAUUGUAAUAUGUACUAGUCUGUGAACAAUGUCAAAUAAAAAAACGAACAGGUAGUAUGGUGGAGCUGAGCUAGUGUGCAAUACACUAGUUGUACAAAAACAAAAAUGAAGUGAGCCAUCUUUUGUUCAUUUAAAAUGGUGUUUUGAAUUUCGUAUGCAGAAAACGUUUUGUUACAUUGCAGAUUUUAAUGUAUUUAAUAAAUGCAACAUGCAGAUUAAGUGCAGUGUAUACUGAAUAUUUAAAUUAAAAUGUACAUUUCAUAAAUACAGUUUCAAGAGAAAGCAUCAUUUUGUGUAUACUAACACAUUAAGUGUAUGUCAGAAAUUGAUGUAUAAAUAUAUUUUAACACAUUUUCUGAAAUUAAACUGCAGUUUUGUUGAAA